AGCGCAGCGCUCGGAGCUCACCGGAGCUUGCAGGCUAUACACACCCCGGCGGAGCGGGUCCGAGACCCCCGCGGAGAAGCCCCCCCUGCAGUGGAAAGAAGGAGUAGAAAACUUCAUAAUGUACCGCAGUGCAGGCUUCAGGAUCUGAACAAACCCCAACCAAGUGCUGCAAGAUCCCAGACGAGAUGAAUGCGUCAGAGAGACCACAAGCGCUAGAGCUGAUCCUCAGCAAUGCGAGCUUCGCCCCUCGCAACGUUACCACGGCCCCCAACGUGAGCAAGCCCCCGGCAUGUGAGCAGGUGGGCAUUGCCACGGAGCUGUUCUUGACCCUGGGCAUCAUCAGCCUGCUGGAGAACAUCCUGGUCAUCUGUGCUAUCGUCAAGAACAAGAACCUGCAUUCACCUAUGUACUUCUUCGUGUGCAGCCUGGCUGUGGCUGACAUGCUGGUGAGUGUCUCCAACGCCUGGGAGACCAUCGCCAUCUAUCUGCUUCGGACUGGCCAGCUAGUGGUGGAGGAGAACUUCAUCCGGCAGAUGGACAAUGUCUUCGACUCUAUGAUCUGCAUCUCUGUGGUGGCCUCCAUGUGUAGUCUGCUGGCCAUUGCCGUGGACCGUUACGUGACCAUCUUCUAUGCCCUACGCUACCACAACAUCAUGACCGUGAGGCGUGCUGCCUUCAUUAUCGCCGCCAUCUGGACCUUCUGCACCGGCUGCGGCAUUGUCUUCAUCAUCUACUCUGACUCCACGCCUGUCAUCGUCUGCCUGGUGUCCAUGUUCUUCGCUAUGCUGCUUCUCAUGGCUUCGCUCUACAGCCACAUGUUCAUGUUGGCACGUUCCCACGUCAAGCGUAUCGCGGCCCUGCCUGGGUACAAUGCUGUGCAUCAGCGGACCAGCAUGAAGGGCGCCAUCACCCUCACCAUCCUCCUUGGCAUUUUUGUCGUCUGCUGGGCGCCCUUCUUCCUCCACCUCAUCCUCAUGAUCUCCUGCCCCAAGAACGUCUACUGUGUCUGCUUCAUGUCGCACUUCAACAUGUACCUCAUCCUGAUCAUGUGCAACUCCGUCAUUGACCCGCUCAUCUAUGCCUUCCGAAGCCAGGAGAUGAGGAAGACCUUCAAGGAGAUCAUUUGCUGCUACAGCCUUCGCAACAUUUGUGGGAUGUCAAGCAAGUAUUAGUUUUCCUAUUUGAGAAAAACUAACGUAAUUAUCCUCUAUCUAUAAAGAUGAAGGUCUUGUAAAUUCACAUGGAUAAUUCCACCCCUUAUUAUUUGCAAGUCUGUGGUUUGUGCUGGUCUUCAGAAGCUCUGGGUUUAUCAAGCUUUAUUGCUGCAAACACAUUCAAGAUGCUGAAUUGCACUGCUGUUGCACAUUGAAUUUGCUGUGUGUUGCUGCAGAAGUGCGGUUUUAAUUCAUGAUAUUGUAAGUGAUCGUAAUUUAUGGUCAAUUUUCUCAGCGCUGGUGAAAAGUUUAGAUGAUCUUUCAAUGGUCUGUUUAAAACAUGAAUAUGAAGCCUGUGUGUGAGAUUUGAUCUGCUACUCACAGUGUUAGUGGUACAAUGAGGUUGGGUGUAAAAAUGAUGCAUUUCGGUGAUAUUUCAGCAAGUCGGAGCAUCACGUGUUUAUGAGAAAGGGUUUGACGUGGCCUUAUAAAUCAUCAAGGAUGUUAACUGAACGUGCUGGCAAUAUAAAAACAGUAAAUGUGCCAACUUGGUGGUUAGCUGUGAGGUGAAACAGCGCCGGAGCAGUGCGAUGUGUUUUAAAUACGGUGUGAGGGUGGGGAGUCUUUUUUUUAAAAUGUUCCUCAAUCACUCUCUUAGUAACGGGACUUUGGAAGACCUGGACAAGUGUGAAAACACAUCUUUUCAGAGGAGAUUAUGGACACGCUCUGGAGCUAUUGAAAGAGACUAAUCUGUAUAUUUGUUUGGAAAUUCAGUUUUUUUUUUCACAUCACAGCAUUGACUGUCGGAGCAUUAUUGCGCCAUGAGCUUAAGUAGGUUAUGCACACACACACUAAAUAAAUAACAUGUUGUUUGAAUAGAGGAAAGGGUUUAAGUUUUGUGCACAUUAAUUGAAAUUUUGGAAAUGCCUAUCUGAAAAACAGAGAAUUUCUCAGAAGAGGAAUGUACUAAAGCAAAGUUCUUUUACAGAACAUGUUUGGAUCAAAGGCUUUUGCAACCUUUUCAUAAACACCUUCUCAGCAUGAAAUAGCU